AUGCUCGCCUCACUCAGCGUCACUCGUGCUGAACUCCCUUCCAGCCGCCUCGACAUGGCGGCUGCUCUGACCGCAGACAGUCCGGCCCUCUUCUCCGCCGCCUUCGUCUGCCUCGGCAGAAGCACCGGCACCAGCGGCGGCCACGGCAGCAGCAGCAGCAGCAGCAGUAGCAGCAGCAGUAACAGCAGCAGUAACAGCAGCUGCAGCAGCAGCCUUCUCAGCAGCCCCGCUGGCAGCAACGAGCUGGCCGCCCCAUGUGCACUCUUCUCGAGCCAGACGAACUGCGGUGUCUGGCCGUUUCCUCCCGCCCUCGGCCGCCCGGACACAGGCGGCAUGGCAACAGUGGAGAUGCGAGCAGGCCCAGUCGUCGGUCUGUCGGGCUUGCUGCGUCAGACCGCCUCCAUCGCCGCCGCCGCGGCCGACACCGCCGCCCCCGUUCCCGCCCCUGCCACCUCCACCGCCGCCGCUGCCUCUUCUGCAGGUGGCGGCAUCACCACUAGCAACAACGUCCACAGCCUUUCCAGUCGCCUCAGCAACGCGUCUGUGCUGCCGCCUGGCAACGAGCUGGCCCUCUGCUACGCCGAUUACGCGCCGCUGGGUGCGGCCGGGGCCGUCUGCUUCGGCGGUCUGCCGAUGCUGACGACGACGACGACGUCGUCGACGACGCCAGCUGGCCUGCUGCUCGUCUGUGCGGGCUGCCGCAGCGUCAUCUGCGACCAGUUCUACGAAAGCGUGGCCGGACAAGCCUGGCACCCGGGCUGCCUGCGCUGCGCCGGCUGUGGCGGCCGACUACAGGGCCGUUGCUAUGCCCGGAGUGGACAGCUCUUCUGCCGUGAGGACUUUGUGCGGUGA